AGGGGACCUCCUUGCUAUUAAACCGCAGUCCGUCCAUACGCUCGCGCUUCUCUCGUUCUUGUUUCGAUUUCAAUCCCUCUUGCCCGCUGCUGUCAACGUCCUGCUGCUGGGUACUUCCGAGAUCUGAGUUUUUUUCUGCUGUGUUGGACGGCCUUUCCCGAGUUCCCUAUCUUAUCGGCUGCCCAUAGGCAUCUGUAAGAUCUCGCCCACAGGCAUCUUUUGUCGAUUUGAUCUUCGAAUUCCGGGUCCCCGCCCCUGAGUUGGCAACGCAGCAGACGACAUCGUUUUCAGACACUACAACAGGUACGAGGAACUUGUACAUAAAAAUAAGUGUACUUACAUUAUCUUGCUUGCUGCCGUCCAGUUGGCUCUCACUGAGCCCUCACCUCCCCUGCCCUGUCGUCUUUCCCAGUUCCCCGUUCUGCCCGGCCGCCUGCGGUUUCUCACCCACCCGACCUACUAUCCGUCCAAUUGCCCCCGCAGUGACAACCAGCACUCAGUGCAGCACGCAGUACCUACCUACCUACAGCACGCAGUACAUCUCUAACACCGCUGCCAUUGGAACCCCGCUGAUAGAUAAACGACGGGGCAAGAAAGAAAAGAGAAGAAUACGCCAUCGACGCAGCAGCACGAUACCGCCAUUCCAUCCGCGGUACACGGGGCCACUGUUCCGCCAGCAAGCACAUCAGCAGACCAAGAGCAACCCAAUCGAACCGCUGCCCUGCACUUUCUGGGCUGUUUCCUGUCCUCGGUCGCAUUUCACUCACCGGUAUCGCCUACGCCGCCCUUGCGCUUCCAGAUCCACGAUCGCCCGGUCUCGUGCUUGGCUCAACUUUUUUUUUUUUUUUUCCUCUCUUCUAACGGCCCAUCAUCAUCACCCUCCCCUGCUGCUCUGCUUCCGAGAACUUAAAGGGUCGCAACGGGAACCUACAGUGGUGGUCGCAACAGGAAAUUCAAUAAGCGCAUUAAGCAACAGGCAAGAGCGUCUUUGCGCCUGUUCGGAAAGGACUCCUGUUUUCUGGGGAGACACAGCAUCUCUAGCCGGGCUCUCUUCGUCGUAGAAAAAGUUUGAGACAGGCAGGGAAUCUUUGGGAGGACGGUGAAACCCGUCCAUCACACUAGCCCACCAUGCCGGCCGAAAUUCUAUCAGAGCUACCAUUGAGGCCAGCACCGAGAGACAUCAAAAUCCCCAACGCCAUGCACAAUGAAGAGAGGCGGCACAAACACUCUCGCUCCUCCUACUCAGAAAUGUCCCCUCUCAUGUCGCGAAACAACUCUCUGACUUGGCGUCCUGCCAAACGCCCCAUGCCGACCCCCGAUAAGACGAUUGCGGUCAUCAACGCCGCCGGCCGACAGGCUGCUUCUUUCAUCAGAGUAGCCACUGCCGUUGGCUUCCACGUACGAGCCCAAAUGAGGAAUCUCGAGGGUGUUGUGGCCACCGAAGUGUCGACGAAUCCCAACGUUACCGUUCUGCAGGGCGAGCUUUACACCAAAGAGACCCCUGCGGAAAGUGAUAAGGGACAAUGUGUCGACGUCACCAAGAAUGGUCCCAUCUCCGGCAUCGGCGUGAACGACGCCCUCAUCUCCGAACUCUUCAGAGGCGCUCAGCUUGCCUUUAUCAACACCACUUUCUAUGGCGACGAGGAAAGGAUUGGCAUGGCCCUGGCAGAUGCUGCUAAGAAGGCCGGAGUCCAACACUACGUCUACUCCUCGAUGCCCGACCACCAUGCCUACAACAAGGAUUGGCCAUCACUACCGCUCUGGGCGUCAAAGCACCGUGUGGAGGACUAUGUGAAGGAGAUUGGUAUUCCGGCAACCUUUGUCUACACCGGCAUCUAUAACAAUAACUUCACCUCGCUGCCAUACCCCCUCUUUUGCACCGAUCUGCAGCCGGACGGAUCGUGGAUCUGGCAAGCACCCUUCCAUCCAAACGCCAAGCUCCCGUGGCUUGAUGCUGAGCACGAUGUUGGCCCGGCUAUUCUGCAGAUUUUCAAGGACGGCGUCAAGAAGUGGGGUGGAGGCAAGCGCAUCGCACUAGCAUACGAGAUGCUCACACCUCUAGAAGCAUGCGAGGUCUUUUCCCGGGGUGUCGGCCGACCGGUACGGUACGUCCGCGGACCGAUCGAGGUCAAGGUCAAGAUUCCCGAGGGCUAUCGAAUCCAGUUGGAGGCGCUCGAGGAGCUCUUUAACCUGCACAACGAGGAUCCCGAGAAACAACCACCAUACUUUGGCGACAUUGAGCUUGAAAGAAGCUGCCCUCGGGCGGCUCUGGAACUGUGGGAAGGUCCAAGAGGACUGGAGGAGUACGCCCGCGAAGUGUUCCCGCUAGAGGAGCAAGCCAACGGCCUCACAUGGAUGAUCGAGGAGUAUGACGGGGGCGGCGGGAAUAAUAUCGGCAAUAAUCAUAAUAAUCACCACCAACAGGAGGAACAUUACCAGCACCAAAACGGACAUCAAAAUGGUCACAAUGGGAUCAAUGGGCAUAUCGUAAAUGGUGGAGUUGAUUCCGAGAGCGAGGAGGAAGACUCCGAUUCGGAUGACGAGGGAUUGGUGAUGCGAGGGAACAAGCGGGCUGAUGAGGAAUGGCUCGCGUAGCAGGCAUCCAUCCACAUCCACGCAAUCGACUGUUGGUAAGAAGGGGAGCAUGACAGAGCAUCAAGGGGAGCAAAUGGAAACAACAAUACCCAUCUUCUUACUGUUAUCAAAAUUUUCUUCCUUUUUUUUUGGGGGGUGAAAAGGCAAAAAGAGAGUUCACAAAAGCUGGAGUCGGCACCGGGGACUUGUUCAUUGGGGUCUGUGAUAUCAUCUUUUUUCUUUUCUCAAUUUAAGGAUCAUCGGAAAGGAAUGUCUUGUCACCACACACAUACGCGCAAAAUACAUGGUAAAUGGGUGUGGUUAUCGCAUUGUGUAAGCGGCGUGUGGCGCGCAAGGGACAUCGUCAUGGAGGUUAAUCCAGGGGCCAUGUCAGGUUUAAGGUCAAUGGCGUAUCAAAGAGUGAGGGAAUGGGACAAACGAGCUGUCUAUCUAUUAAGACGGCUUUGGUUGGAAUUACUACAACGAUAGUGUACACUACAAAGGUCUGCAUAUGUCCGUCUUUACGGUCAUCACACUUUUAUACGUAUUUGACUGUCGGUUGACGGCCUCACUACACACACUUUGGUGUUUGAAGAGAUAAAAACUGGACCUUACCUAUAUCAAUGCAGCACAAACACU